AAGGACAGAAAGAAGAUGGCGUCCAAGAUACGGGUCGUGCUGCGGCCGGUGAAGAGUAUCGUGGUCCGCUUUUGCCCCUUCGAGUCCAACGUGGAGAGCACGAGAAAAUUUCUUGGAUGUAUAAACCAUAAAAAAAUCCAGGCCACCAAUAGAAACUGUGAAGUGACUGCUGAUGUAAGACAUGAUGGGUCUGAACCGCUUGUAGAUGUUAUGUUUGUUGAUGGAGACCGAUUGAUAAUGAAGGGAGCCAACUUGACGACAAUAGAAAUGUUAACAGCAUUGGGGUCCAGAUGUAAUGCAAAAGAUCUUAAGGAAGAACAGAAAAGCAAGAAGAAGAGUCCCUGAAGAACAGUAAAACAACUGUGUUUGCAUUAACAUAUGUU